AUGGCGACGGCGGAAGAUAAAGUCGAGGCUGGCGACAUUACCAAUGUGCGGAGCCACCGGGCACCUGAAGGCGAGCUGAAGGAGACUGGCCGAGACACCGAACUUACUCAAACAUAUGGUUCGACCCAUCGUGGUCUGAAACCCCGACAUGUACAGCUCAUGGCUAUUGGUGGCUCCAUUGGAAUCGGCAUCUGGGUCGGUAUCGGUGGUGUUUUGAGCAAGGCUGGCCCCCUCUCGCUAAUCUUGGGAUAUGCAAUCUGGGGUGUUUUGUUCAUUUGGCCUCUCUAUCUUGUUGUUGCGGAAAUGUGUGCUUAUCUGCCCGUCCGCGGUUCCAUCUUCGAGUUGGCCUCUCGCUUUGUCUGCCCAUCGAUCGGCUUCACCAUGGGAUGGACGUAUUUUUUUGCGGGACUCAUGCUGGUUUGUACUGAAUUGAGUGCCAUUGCAACGGUCAUGCAGUCUCUAUGGGCAUGGGAGUUUGCAUUAUUCUCAAUAAUCGUGGCCGUGAAGUGGUAUGGAGAGUCCGAGUUUAUCAUGGCUUCUACCAAGGUCUUUUUGCUGGUUCUCCUCGUUCUUAUCACUAUCGUUACGAUGUCGGGCGGGAAUCCCCUGCAUGACGCGUAUGGUUUCCGGAACUGGAAUGACGGUGCUAUGCAUGCAUACCACACGACAGGUGCGACAGGGCGGUUCCUUGGGGUUUGGAAGGUUGUUAUAUACGCUGGUUUUACCGUGGCUGGUCCUGAUAUGAUCGCUCUAGCCGCUGGAGAGAUUCAAAACCCCCGCCGAACGAUCCCUCGCGUCGCAAGCCUGAUAUUAUACCGUAUUGUUGGAUUCUACAUCAUCGGAGUUGUCGCCGUCGGUGUCAUCUGCUCCUCCCGAGAUAAAGGGCUACUCGGUGCUAUUGAGGACGGCAAGCCUGGUGCUGGAGCGAGUCCGUGGGUUAUUGGGAUCCAGAAUCUCGGUAUAAGCUUUCUUCCUCACUUCAUCAACGCUUUCAUCCUGCUCUCUGGAUGGUCCUGUGGUAAUGCUUAUCUUUACUCGGCGUCCCGGACGCUCUACGGUCUUGCUCGCGAUGGCCAAGCACCAGCCUUCCUGAACAAGUGCACAAAAGCUGGAGUGCCGAUCUACUGUGUGCUGAUUACCACCCUAAUUAGCUGCAUCACUUUCCUUGCCGCUUCUAACAAGGCCGUUGACGUAUUCUACUGGUUUGUCGAUCUUACGACAACGGCACUCAUCGCAACAUACGUCUUCAUGCUCAUCACAUAUAUGGGGUUCUGGCGUGCCCGUCAAGCCCAGGGGUUGACUGAUGAGCACUUUUACUACGUCGCCCCCUAUACGCCCUGGAGCCCCAUCGUGUCUUUGGUCAUGGGAAGUGUAGCGUUGUUCUUCGUUGGGUUCGACGUCUUCUCUCCGUGGGAUACUAGAGGCUUCAUCACCUCUUACUUUGCUCUCUUCUUCGCCUUUUUCAUGUUUUUGGUUGGCAAAAUCAAAUAUAUGCUCGAGGGCCGGUGCGGCUAUGGAUUCGUUAAGCCAGCUGAGGCGGAUCUCCAUAGUGGUAUGGCGGAGAUUAAUGCUGAGUGUAGACAAUGGGAAGAAGGGGGCCUUGAGGAGACUGAGAAGGCUCGUCUGGCUGAGAUGCCAUUUUGGCGCAGGGUGUGGGAAAAGACGUGGUAG